AUGGUAUCGCGAAAGCGCACCCGUUCCGAGGUCGACGCUGCUCCGGAGCAGCCACCUGAGGAGUCUGGUUUGCUGCACCGACUGCGGAAUUGCUGGGAGUUCGCAAAUCUUAUGCAGUAUAUUGCGAUCUUUGGCAAACCUAUGAAGAUUGAUGAGGAUUUUGGCAUUGAAGAUUUAGAGAAAGAAUGCUUAAAACCUGGUUCUUCCGAAAAACUUCUGGAGAUUGGACUCUGCCUUCUGAAAUGGAUCUCGUCGCAUCGAGGUCUCACAUUCGACAAUUUUGAUGAAUACACGCGACGUCAGUACAAUGCCAAAGCACCUCAUCUCCCCAACCCGUUCGGGCACGAUGAGGUUCCCAAUAAGUUUUCCGAGUUCGACGUCUUCUUGAAGCUUCGCGUCCUUCAUCAGCUGACUAUCUGGACGUUUUGGAACCCGGAUCGCAUCCGCGAUAAGAUGCCAGAGCAAAAGGAGGCGGACCAGACGCAAUGGCGCAUUGAAGAGUUAGGUUACGAUCGUGAAGGGAGAUAUUAUUAUAUCCUAGAUGACAAUCGGCUCUACUGUCGUACUGAUCCUCCACCCCCUCCUCCGAAACCCACCAAGUCGAAGGCGAAGAGAAAGAGUGCACGCGCUGUGAGAGCGUCAAAACGCAGAAAAGUCUCAGAAGCCGCUGCGGAGGAGGAGUCUUCGGGCGAGGAAAAUAAUAACAUCAAUGGAGAUGUCGCCGGGGAUCCUUACGAGGGGAUGAAAUGGGAGUGCAUUGCAAUCACGUUAGAAGACUACCGCCAGUUUCUGGAUUCGAUUCGGAAAACGAAGGACCCGGACGAGAAGAUCUUGAGGGAUCGCAUUGAAGAUCAAGUAUUACCUGUGAUCGAGAAGGAAGAGGAGGUACAGGAGCGACAGAAGGCGAAACGUGAAAAGGAGCUUUUGAACCUGCAGCUGCUCGCCGGUGCGAAACGGUCAAGCCGGCUUGCUGGAAAGGCUGAGAAGGAACGACAAGAUCGAGAAGCUGCUGAAGCGGCACGGAAACGAGAAGAAGAGCUAGCUGCCGCCCUUAAGGAAGAAGAGAGAAUCAAGAAGAUGGAAACAGAAAGACGGUCGCGCAUCAUGACUCGUGAGCAACGUAUCAGAGAUCGGGAACGAAAGCGUAUCCUACAUGAAAGUGAGCUAGAGCGGAUAGCGGAGGAACAGAAGAAGCUCGAACGGGGCGAAAGCAGGAUCUCUGAAAGACAGUUGAAGGCCGAAUUGGAAAGACAGAAAAAGAAUCUGGAAGAUCUUUCCCAGGAAGAUGAAUGGAUAUUCGAUUGUUCUGGGUGCGGUAUGCAUGGAGAGAACUUGGAUGACGGCGAGCAUAGCGUUGCAUGUGAGAAGUGCAAUGUAUGGCAGCAUAGCAAGUGUCUUGGUAUCUCGAAACAAGAGGCCGAGCGUGACGAUUUCCAUCUUGUCUGUAAAGACUGUAAACGGCGAGAAGAGGAGGCAAAGAGGCCGAAAAUCCCGCCAUUGAAGUUUCGUGUGGGCUCCUCACCGUCUUCUGCGGUUGUUGAAGCUGAUCAGGAAGGCAAAGGCGCGGAGACUGCACACACCUCCGUGCCAUCGACCCUACCUCCAAACGGGUCACCGUCUAAACUGCCUAUAAUGCAACCAUUUCUGCCUCCUCACAACACAGCCCAACCUGUUCCUAUGUCACCCGAGCGCCGCCCGCAGUCUGCCCACACCACGUCGCUCGGCAGUCCUCGAGCUCUCUUUUCUCCAUCAAAGGGUGCCAAUGGUUAUUCACCCUCUAGGGAAGCACCUCCGAAGCUACCAUCGAUCCAGCAAGCAACACACCUGCCUCCCAACGGCCGAGUUUCUUUUAGCGGUGGCUCUUUCCAUUCUUUCCAUUCACAACGGCCGUCAUCCUCCCAUUCCGCUCAAAGCCCGACAUUUCCCUCGCCUAUCCAGAACCGUCCCUCGAUGUCACCUACCCAAGGCAAUCGUGAUGUUGGACCCCUUGCCGGGUUUCCACCUGCACCACCAUCAGACAACUCAGGACCAUGGACACCUUACAGGCAACACCAGGCCCCCCGCCGUGGCAGUGGUCACUAUGCUUCCUUCUCUUCGAUCCCCGGUGGACACCCGUCCUUGGCAGCUACGCCCAAUGCCAGCCACUCGUCGCCCCCACAAAGCUCACAUGGCGGCGUUGCGCUAUCAGGGAUCAGUCCAACCAAGCAAUCACCUCGCCCCGUUACUUCUGGGAGUAUGACAGGUGCGCCAAUCUUGCCUCCUAUACAGAAACUCGAGCCGAGUCCCAAGUUGAUGGGACGCAGUUCGCCUGAUGCUCCCAUUCCGCCGCCAGUAAAGUGUAUGACUCCUGAGCAAGAGGAGCGCAGACAGCGCGAAAACGCGUUGAUGCUUCAUGCUCAGUCACACGCUCCCAAUGGUCAACAUUCCGCGAUGUCGUCUCCAUCGCUUAACCGGAUACCACCCCUGGGACCAUCUGCGCUGUCGCAAAGACAUGAAUCAUCGUUUCAAUCCCAAUCUGGCCCCAAAACGGAGGAGCAAUAG